UGCGGGGUUGGCUCUGGUGGAUAGCGUGGCCGCUGUGCUCGUGUGUAACAACUCAGCACUAUGCACAACCUCCACCCUCAAUGAAACCCAUGAAACACACGCACCAGUAGACCAGCCAUUCCAUUGUUCAUGAUCACCGAUAGUCCCGAAUAACUUAUUCUCCCGCCAUAAACCACCGACACCCCUCGGACCACCGUUAUCGAAGCCAUUCCAUCAUGUCAUCCAACCCACCGCCGUUCCUCCGUCGAGCCCGGAAGUUUCCAUCGGCCUCGGGCAUCGAACCCGACAGCAACGCCGCCGCGACGAAUGCCCGCAUGUCCACCCACGCGCCACAGGUCCAGAACAACGGCCUUCCGACGUCGCGGAACUUUAAGCAUCUCCGCUCACGGUCCGUGUCGCAGGCGAACUUUGGGGCUCUGUCCUCACACAGCCACAGCCACAGCGAGUCGUCAUCCACAGCUUCGCGCUACGCACGCAAAGCCGCAUCGACGGCACAGCUCUCGCAACAACAGCAGCCGAUCACCAUCGAGGGAUUGAUCAGCAAACCCCCGGCUUCCCUCACCGAAGCAUUGCAAGACCUGCGACACUUGAUCUUGACCCAGGGCGUCGCGGCGGAUGCCGAUGGAAACUCGGCACUGCGCAUCUACAUCUGGUCGAUCCUCCUCGGCGUGGGACCCAUGCGGACGAACGAGUACGUCGCUCUCGUCAGGCGCGGAGCCUCGAGUAGCUACUCCAAGAUUCGCAACGACACGUUCCGCACGCUCGCCACGGAUCCGCUGUUCCGUCGCCGCGUCUCGGAGUCGUCCAUCAUCCGUCUGCUCAAUGCGUUCCAGUGGAAGAUGAAGGAUACAGGGGUGGACGCACAGGACGCGCAAUACGUACAGGGAAUGAACGUGAUCGCUGCGCCGUUUCUCUACGCCGCUAGGAGCGAAGUGGAGGCGUUCUCGCUGUUUUCCGUCUUUAUCCAGCGCGAGUGUCCCGGCUACGUGCGUCCGACCAUGGAGGGCGUUCACUCCGGGCUGAAACUGGUCGACCAGUGCCUCGAGACGGUGGAUCCAGUGCUGUUCAAACAUCUGCAGAGUAAAUUCUUGACUGCGGAGCUGUAUGCGUUUCCAUCCGUAUUGACUCUUUCUGCAUGUACACCGCCGCUGCCGGAAGUCCUCAAGCUCUGGGACUUCCUUCUAGCGUACGGUGCACAUCUCAACAUUCUCUGCGUUGUGGCACAGUUACUACUGAUGCGCGAUGACCUGUUGGGCGCACAGAGUCCCAUGAAGCUGCUACGGCAGUUCCCGCCUCUGAACUCCAAGACCAUCAUCGACGUCGCCGUCGGUCUGGUCCGGAGGAUACCGCCGGAGCUAUUCGACCAGCUGGUGGAGCACGCGCGGUAACUCACUUAUUUCCUUAUUUUGGUUGUGGUGCAUGGAGUGUGCGGGUGUCUUUAUUCAUUCAUGCUGUUGGGGUUCUGAUUUUACUGUUUUCGUUAUACCCCGGCUCCGCCUGUGUGUCCCGGGGAGGGGUUACGGGCUGGGACAUUCUUUAUAUACCUCUGCACUUUUUGUCG